AUGUUUUCACUUCCACGUUAUUUUCGUUGGAUUGUACCAUUUUUUCUAUCAAUCAUGUCUACACCACGUCGUGAAGGUGAUAUUGAUGCUCUUGCAUCUGAUCAUAUUGGUAUUCGGCAUAUUAUUACAUUAACAGAAGAAGAACCUUUACCAGAAGAAUGGUUUUUUAAUAAAACUAUAUCACAUACACAUCUUCCUAUUGAAAAUUAUCGAGCACCAACAAUUGAACAAGUUGAUUUAUUCUUUCGAUUAAUUAAUGAUUCAACAAAAACACCAUUAUUAGUUCAUUGUGGUGGUGGAAAAGGUCGAGCAGGUACUAUGCUAGCUUGUUAUUUAGCUGUUUAUGGUUUUCAAUCACCAUCUGCUCAAGAAUGGACACAACCAUUUAUGUCAGCCGGUGAAGCAAUUGAUAAAUUAAGACAACUAAGACCUGGAAGUAUUGAAACAGAAGAACAAGAAAGAUUUAUUCAUACAUUUGUUAGUACUGUAUGGAAAAGACAAUCUCCAUUACCACCAUUACCAGCUGAACCCGAAGGAAUACCACUUGAAAUUGAAGGACAAUUAGAUGGAAAUAUUGAUUUAGUUAUGCUUUGUGGUUUACCUGGCUCAGGAAAAUCUUAUAUAGCACAAGAAAUGUUAGUACGUGAUGAUCGUUGGACAGUUGUUUCUCAAGAUGAAGCAAGAUCACGUGAUACAUGUGAACGUGAAAUAGGUCGACCAGGAAAAUAUUCUAAAGCAAUUUUAGAUCGUUGUAAUCCAGAUCGAGAAGAUCGAAAACAAUGGCUUGCACUUGCACAAUGGGCACGAAAACCUAUUUGUGUUUAUUUUGAUUAUGAUUCAGAAUUAUGUAUAUCUCGUGCACAACAACGUUCAGAUCAUCCAACACUUAUACCAGGUCAACGUGUACGAAACGCAAUUCAAAGUAUGCAAAGACAAAUGGAAAGACCACAAUUUGAUGAAGGAUUUGUUGCUAUAUGUAUUAUACGAUCAUUUUAUGCAGUUAACCAACUUAUUAAACGAUUAACACCAGUCAAUAUUUUGAAAUUUUUACGUACAGGACAUUUAAUGAAUUUAGGUGCUGCUACUGCCGAUGAUUUUGUAGUAUCAUUUCGGCAAACAACAGAAGCACCAUAUGUUGUUAUUACAGAAAAAGUUGAUGGUGCUAAUAUGGGUUUUUCAUUAUCAGCUGAUCGAGAAUUAACCGUACAAAAUCGUUCACAUUACGUAACAUCAACAACACAUGCACAAUUUCGUCCACUUUAUACAUGGAUUGAAACACAUCGUGAAGGUCUUUAUAGUGUAUUAGAUCGAGAUAAUUCAUUUCCUGAACGAUAUAUUCUCUAUGGUGAAUGGGUAGUAGCACAACAUUCAAUUCCUUAUACACGAUUACCUGAUCGAUUUCUUGCAUUUGAUUUAUAUGAUCGUCGAACACAAACAUGGGCUGAUCGUAUUACACUUGAACGAUUACUUGAAGGAACAAAUAUAUCUUUAGUACAUAUUAUGUAUCAAGGACCAAGACCAACUGAUAAUGUUUUAAAGGAUAUGGUUCAUCGCCCAUCUCAAUUCUAUGAUGGACCAGUCGAAGGUAUAUAUGUAAAAGAAGAACAAAAUGGACAAGUUAUCAAUCGUGGUAAAAUCGUACGAAGUGAUUUUACAGCUGGAAUAACUGAACAUUGGGAUAAAGCACCAAUGAGAAAGAACGGAUUUGUAAUGGAUAAUGAUGAUGUUGAAUAA